CUAGCUUGUCUUGCGAUCGACAUGUCUGGCCCUACGUCACCCACUCUGGACCUCCCCUCGAGGGCGGCCACAAAUAUGAGCAUCAUUAGCGACGAUGCUAUCCCCGAGAUUGACCCCUCCAACACGGCUGGCCUACUCGCUGAACGCCUUCAGGCAUGGAAGCAUGCUUGCGGAUAUCUCGAGGAUUAUUUCGAGGCGAUAGAGAAGAUCCAUGGAAAGCACGCAAAGGAGUACGAGCGUGCUCUCAAGGUCAUCUCCAACCCUCUGAAGGAAGGCCACCACUUCGACCAGAGCGUCAGCGGUGUGGCCGGCUUCUUCGAAAACCUCCGAACCAACACGCAAUCCCUCAUAAACACGAACCUCGAAACGGAGAAGAGCAUCAAGGGCUCCGUCCGCCCCAUCCUCGAGCGUCUACACAAGGAGAUCAAGCACAAGGCCAAGGAGCUGUCGAGCGGCGCGCAGAAAGGAGCUAAGGAGGUGGAGAAGUCGCGCAACACGACGCAGAAGCACAUUGAGCUGCUGGGCCAGCAGGCGGCGGCCUUUGACUCGGCGGGCGGCAAGAUCAACGGGCAUGAUGACCCUUACGUGGUGCGCCGCGGGGUGCUUCAUCGGCUGAGCGUGCAGGUCAUAGCGGAGAACAACCACCACAACGACCUGCUUGCGGUGCAGAGCAACUUUGCCACGUUCGAGGCGCACGUCGUCGAGGUCUUCCAGCAGGCCAUGGAGGCCUUUACGCAGAUGGCGGGUGGCCAGGCCGACAAGACGCGCGCUCUGCACAACGACAUGCUGGCCACGAUCCAACGCGUGCCGCCCGAGUACGAGUGGGCCAACUUUACGGUCCGCAGCGCCGAGCUCCUGGCCCAGCCCAACGAGCCACCGCGGUCCGUCGACAACAUCACGUUCCCUAACAUGGACCACGCGUCGGCCAAGCCGCUGAUUGAGGGGUCCCUGGAGCGCAAGUCGCGCAACAAGCUGUCGUGGGGCUUCUCGACGGGCUACUACGUCGUCACCCCCUCCAAGUUCCUCCACGAGUUCAAGGACUCGGACAAUACUCGCGAGGACCCCAAGCCGGAGCUGUCCAUCUACCUGGGCGACGCCACGGUGGGGACUCCCUCGGGCGACAAGUUCACCGUCAAGGGCAAGGACCGCAGCAAGACGAUGAGCGGCAGGCUCACGGGCAACGCCGAGCUCAACUUCAAGGCCCACACUCCUUCCGACGCGCAGAAGUGGUACUCGGUCAUUUCGGGGCUGGCGAGCACGGCUGGAGCCAUCGACACGUCGGCCACCGCGGGAUCCGCCACGCCCUCGCCAACCACCCCUUCGGCCAAGGCCGCCGGCGCCAUCACCGGCUCCUCCAGCAGCAGCAAGAUCGAGCUCAACCAGGCCAGCGACGUGGCCUCACCGACGAGCGGCCACGAGUCCGGCGUCACAGAGCCGCCAUCCACCACCACUGCAGAGAAGAAGGCCGAGGCUGGUGCCUAG